ACGAGCCCUGUUAUUUUAGCUGAAACCUUUUCGUGGGUGAUCAUGGCGUGUUCAUGCAGGGCCUUUCACACCCAAGCUGAUAACGGUCGGUCAUAACCCUGUAUUUAUUGAUUCUUCUCUCUGCGUUACGGGAGACAAGCAACCGAUACAACAAUAAUUCUACUUCCGCCAAGUCAUUAUUCCGGAAAUGUUUAACCAUUCCCCCAUUCUAAAUCUUCCAACGUGGAUGGUUGCAAUUCUAGUGUUGUUCUCCUCCAAGACAGUGUUCUCUGAACCCAAUUCCUUUGACAAGAAAUAUCAGAUGACAUUGGCAUAAAAAAAAAAGAGAAUUUUAUUAGUUUGGCUGCAUCAUCAAUAUUUAGCUUAUUUUAAACACUAAAAGAAGACAUCAUCCACAAACGAUGUAACCCAGUUUAAAUAAAUCUGUGGUGGAUUGACUGAAAUAUUUCCUCCAAACUCGAGAAUCUCAGCAAGUUUUUCCCAAUUUCACUGUCAGGAAUAUUUUGUAUUUUAAUGAUAAUGACAACAACACAAAUAUUUGUAAGGAUUAAAAGGCAAAACUGAACAGAUAAAAAAUAUCUACAUAAUGGAGAGAAAAGAAAAAAAUUUUUGGCAAAUGAAUUCUGUGAAAACAAAGUUAAUUGCAAAACAGUAAAACAAGAUUGAUUUUUUUUUUUUUCCUGAUGGGAUGCUGAAAGAGAAAAGGAAAACAUCAUAUGACUGUGACAUCUGUAAAAUGUCUUUCUCUCAAGAAGAUAAUUUAACUCCUCGAGACAAUUUUCACCCAAGGGAAAAGCCAUAUCACUGUGAUAUUUAUGGUAAAUCAUUCUCUAGAAAUUAUCAUGUAAUCACUCACAAAAGCAUUCAUAAAGGAGAGAAAUCAUAUCACUGUGAUGUCUGUAGUAAAUCAUUUUCUAGAAAUCGUGACUUAACUCGACAUAAACGUAUUCAUACAGGAGAGAAACCAUAUCAGUGUGAUAUUUGUGGUAAAUCUUGCUACACAAGUAGUGACUUAAUUAAACAUAAACGUGUUCACACAGGAGGAAAACCUUAUCAGUGUGAUGUAUGUGGUAAAGCUUUCUCUCAAACCGGAAAAUUAAUUACUCACAAAUACAUUCAUACUGGAGAAAAACCAUAUUGCUGUGAUAUCUGUGGUAAAUCAUUCUCUCAAGUAUGUAACUUAACUACUCACAAACGUAUUCAUUCAGAAGAGGAACCAUAUCAUCAUUGUAAUAUCUGUGGUAAAUCAUUCCCUAGAAAAGGUGACUUAACUAGACACCUACGUAUUCAUACAGGGGAGAAGCCAUAUCCCUGUGAAAUCUGUGGUAAAUCAUUCACUCAAAAUAGUGACUUAACUAAACACAAGCAUAUUCAUACAGGAGAGAAACCAUAUCAAUGUGAUAUCUGUAAUGAAUCAUUCUCUUAUCCAUCAAACUUAACCAGUCAUAUACGUAGCCAUACAGGAGAGAAGCCAUACAACUGUGAUAUCUGUAAUAAAUCAUUUUCUAGAAGUAAUAACUUAACGAGACACCUGCGUGUUCAUUCAGGUGAGAAGCUGUAUCUCUGUGAGGUUUGUGGUAAAUCAUUCUCUGAAAGUAGUGUCUUAAACACCCAUAAACGUGUUCAUACAGGAGAGAAGCCAUUCCCCUGUGAUAUCUGCGGUAAAUCAUUCACCAUUAGUAGUUGCCUUAGUAGACACAAACGUAUUCACACAGGAGGCAAGUCACGUGGCUGACGUCUUUGUUAAUGUAUUCUCUGCAAAAAAAGUAAUUCAUCAAACCUGUAUUGAUUCUUGCAGAAAAAGAACUAUAUUAAUAUUGAGUCAUUUGUCUGUUAUUUUGUACAAGACUUUGUAACAUCUAGAUGGAUGUAUUUUCAGCUAUUGGGAAUAAAGUGACCACUCGUUUAUUUUAAACCUCAGCUAAAUAAUAGUUUUAACCAUUUCAAAAACUUGUUGCCCAAUAAUCCAACAUGAUGUUUGUGUUCUGUAAAUAUUGCUUUAUUAAUCUCAACAACCAUAUUUUUAUCACUUAAUUGCAGUGUUAGUUCGCUUAAGGAGUUGUUGUUGAGGGGAUUCUUCUUUGCCUUUUGCAGAAUGGUAAACAUUGGAGCUUCUGGUACCAACCCCGGCUCUAUGAUACAAGCUCACUGUUUUAGAGUGAUUUAUAUUAAAAUCUUCCACCAAAAUUUCAUAUGACUUUGGUCUUAACACCAGCUUAAUAAUGACAAUUAUCUUACUAAAUUCUUCAUUAUUUUCAAAAUUAUUUCAAACAAAAGCAGUGUAAUUGAUCAGAAGUAUGAUGCUAAAACAGUUAAACUUCAAUCCUAUGAUAGCACCAUGGUACAUGACAAUCUUCUGUUCAUUGACUUCCUGUAAAUUUGGAAAAUAUUUUUACUAAAAUGGAAGCUGUUUUAAAUAAAGGUUUCCUUCUCCA